AUGGGCCGUUCUACCCCCAUGGAUCGUUCUACCCCCGUGGCCCCUUCUACCCCCGUGGGCCGUUUCACACCCCGUCCAAAACUUUCCCGCAGCGUGUCCCCGCAAGAGUUCCUCGGUGGCACCCGCUGGAUCGUGGUCCAUUUCCACGACAUGGCCCUAGCCGACAACGUCGACAUCAUGGAGGUUGUGCUCGACAAGGUGCGGAACCGAGAGUAUCAAUGCUACACCCAUGAGCCUUGGGAGGACUACUACACCUACAAAUUCGAGGUGAACAUCCCGGCGAAUGUGGAGUCGGAAGAGGGUUGCCAAAACACGGCCGUUGAGUUCCUCUCGAAUCAGCAUAAGGACGCGGUCUAUUUGAGGAAUAAGUUGAGGGCUGAGAAGGCUAUCCAAGAUAAGGAGGAAAGAGAGAAUCUCGCUCGUUUCAAGGAGGAGUUUUAUUCGAUCAAGAAGAACCCUUCGUCCUCUUAUGUGCCGGUUAGCGAUGAGAUGGAGAGAAACACUGGGAGAAAGAUUGAGGAACUGAGCGUAGACUUCAUUGAAAUUCACGAUGCCCACGGAUACCUGAUCUCUUCCUUCAUGAGCCCUUCUGCAAACCAUCGGACCGAUCAGUAUGGUGGCAGCUUUGAGAACCGCAUCCGACUCGCCUUGGAGGUCGCUGAGCUGACACGUGGGACCGUGGGCCCUAAGAUGCCCGUAUUCUUCCGCAUUUCCGCCACAGACUGGCUGGAGAAGAGCCUCGCCGACGAGAAGGGCUGGAAAGCCGAUGAUACCGUUGAAUUUGCUCGCACAUUGGCAGCUCAAGGCCAUGUAGACCUGAUCGACAUCAGCAGCGGUAGUAUCCACGGCGCCCAAAAAAUCACAUACGGCGGCGGUCCCGGAGCCACUUUCCAGACACCUUUCGCGGCAGUCGUGAAGAAAGCGGUUGGUGAUCGCUUGCUGGUUGCCGCGGUCGGAAUGAUUAAUCACGCGCACUUGGCCCAGGAGAUCUUGCAGGACUAUAACCUGGAUGUAGUGUUGGUGGGAAGGACAUUCCAGCGGAAUACGGGCAUGGCGUGGCAUUUCUCCAAAGAUCUGAACGUGGAAAUUUCGAUGGCGGCGCAAAUUCGGUGGGGAUUUACCAGUUCUCGCGGCUCUUCGGACUAUAUUCAGCCAAACUCGAUGAAGGCCUCUAUCUUCGAGUAA